CACACAAGCAUCGAGCCGUCCACGCAUCAGUCCAACACCAGUUAACUGACCAUGGUUUCCUCCGGCGAGCGGAUGGCCCGUGCCUUCUCAUCCUUCGACCGCGACAGCGACGGCAAGAUCUCGGCGGCCGAGCUGCGGCUCUGCGUGGAGGCGACGCUCGGCGACGGCAUAUCGGCCGAGGAUGCCGCGGCGCUCGUGGCAUCGGUGGACGCGGACGGCGACGGGCUGCUCAGCGAGGAGGAGUUCCUGAAGCUGGUGGCCGAGGAGGAGGGGGGAGAAGAGGACCAGAGACGCAGGGGUUUGAGGGAUGCGUUCGGGGUGUACGAGGUGGAGGGGAGAGGGUGCAUCACGCCGGCGAGCCUGAGGCGGGCGCUGAGCCGGCUGGGCGCCAGCCGGGACGUCGGCGACUGCCGCGCUAUGAUCCAGAGGUUCGACCUCAACGGAGACGGGGUGCUCACCUUCGACGAGUUCGUCCACAGCUGGAUGCUAUCGAGGAUAGCGUCCAGGUCUGGACGCUAUUAGUAACUGCGUCCAGUCAAGUGAUUCGCCUAACCAUCAGAUUCGACUAAACCGGGUCUUUCCUAAGGUUUAAAACCCUAGUACGCAUCAGUCUGCGCUCCUGGAGCUCACCGUAUGGUAAGCAAUCUCUGGCAGCCGGCAACGCCGAUCAUCACAGGAGCGGCAAGGUCUCAUCAGCCGCUCGCCAUUAGGAUCCUCCAAUUGAUUUUGUGCUUGAUUCAUGUUAACUGUUGUACUGUCCUAUUGAAUCUCCUUUGUUUUAAUCUCUAUGCAAUUGAUUCAAUGAUUUACAAGCAGACACUCUAUAAAUGAUUGGAUUGGUAUUCCUGAAUUACAAUCCUUAAUUGGAUGGUUUGUGAGAA